AUGCUGCUUGGUCAGGUCGAUUCCGGGGUUAGUAUCAGGGAUAGGGAGGCGGCGCAACUCGGAUGGACGAUCGGGAUCAUCAAGGCUCUCAACAACAUCAGACGCCCAUUCACUUUGAGACAAGCGAAACGCAUUGCAAGAAGCUGGGACGCCCAGACUAACACCAUCAUCAAGGUCGUCGAGGAGAAAAAAGAGAGCAAGUUGCAUAUUCUAAUCUCUAUUGUUGUCGUCCUCCAUAUCGUACUAGUCCUCCAUAUCAUUGUCGUCGUCGUCCUCCUCCAUAGCAUCGUCGUUGUCUCGCAUGUGUCUCAAUCCGGUCUGUUUUUCCAUGUGGGAGGUGUGUGA